UAGACCUCAGUUUCCCUAGUGCAGUGGCGUAGUACUAGAUUUGUUAUUUGUUUUUUCGGAGCGAGGCCAGUUUCAUAAUGUCGUUUAACGAUAAUAAACCAUUUUGGUGUGAGUUUAUUGAACUUUAUAGGGAGCAACGAGCUUUAUGGGACAUAAAAAGUAAAAAUUAUUCCAACAAAAAUAUCAGAAAAGAAGGAUAUUCCGUUCUCGUUGAAAAAUGCAAGGAAGUUAAUCCGGAUUGCGACGAGAAAUUUGUCAAAUCCAAAAUCGAAACCUUGAGGGCAUCGUUCCGAAGAGAGCUGAAAAAGGUUGAAAAAUCAAAGAUUACCGGAAGUGGUCAGGAUGAUGUGUAUGAACCAUCUCUUUGGUAUUUUGAUUUACUGCUUUUCAUAACAGACCAAGAGGUAGUCAGGAAAGGUGUAUCUUCGAUCGGCAAAAGAUCCAGAAGUAUUGCGUCCCUUGAAGAAGAUGAAGAAGGAGUGGACGACGUGGAAGCGGAAACGCAGGACGAAAUAACCAAAGCUCAAGAUGACGCAUCUACAGGGAUACACGCUGAUAUACGCCCAUCACCAUCAAGUACACCAGUAAGUCGCCCAUCAGUAUCAAGUAGGUCUAACCCAGGAUCAACUACUCGAACAAACCGAAAAAAAGAUAUCUGAUUUUGAAAAGAAACAAGAACGAUUUUUGGAUACAGCUACGUCUGUCCUAUGUAAUCAGAAUAAGUUCCGGGCUUUUGGAAACAACGUGGGCUUCCAACUGGAAGAUAUGGACCGUC